GGUUAUUACCGUUGUUGAUUAAGCGCUGACUACGUAUAAUCUACUCUGUGUCUCUGCAUCAAACCUCAUACGGAUCGAAGUUCCGAGGAACAUGUCUUCUGCCUAACCAUGAUGCCUCAACCACUGACGCAACUUCGAACCCCUUUUGUGUCUUAAACUUCUCGUUUUCUAUAAUAACCAUUUCCACGCUUCCGCUUUGUCAAAGUUUUUACUUUCCCAUUCGUCACUCUGAAACAGACAUCAUUUCUUCCACCUAAACCUGUUCGUUUCAGUUCUCAGAUUUGAGCAAUUGUUGUCGAUUUCCGCUGUUUCACUCUUUACAUUUUCAUUUGUUGAACCGGUAGACUUAGAUCAGAUUCGUUUUAGAAGGAGGGUGGUGGUAGUUCGAAGAGCUUACAUCGAUCAUUGAAUUGCAAAAAUUUCGUUUUUUGGAUUGAAGUAUGGCCAUAGCUCGGUUGGUUCGGCAAGCGAAACGCCCACAUGGAUUGUGGGUGAAGAUGGCAGCUGUGACUGUAAUGGGUCUCUGUUUCAUCUUUGUGUGGGGAGUGUUUUCUUCUUCUUCUUCCUCUGUCACUUCCCAAAGGGAGAGUUUUGAGGACAUUGCGGAACCCGUGUCUUUUUCUUCUCACAAGCCGCAAAAGUUGAGAGAUGAAUCUAAAAAGGGUGGUGAGAGUGAGAAAAAGAGUAAGGGUAACGGUAAUGGGUCUUCUCACUCUUCUGCCACGCGUCCUCACUCUGAACAACACAAGGGAAAGGACAGCAAGAAAGAGAAGAAACACGUGCAGCAUAAGGAGGACAAGGAGAGAGAGAAUCAUCAAGGGUCAGAGGAGCCUCAACCCCAACAUGGCCAGGAAGAGAAAGAGAAAGAGAACGAGAACGUGAAAGAGGAGGUGGAGGGUGAAGAAGAGAAAGUGGAUCAUGAGAGUGAUGUGGAUGUGGAUGCUGAUGGUGGCAGUGAUUUGACUGAAUCCGUGGAUAAGGAUGAUUCCGAGGUGGUGGAAGAUGCGGAGGAGUUGAGAAAAAAAAGCAAGGUAAAAGUGAAAGGACCCUUGUUUGAUCCAAAUGCUAGCUAUAGCUGGAAAUUGUGUAGUUCUAGAAGCAAGCAUAAUUACAUUCCCUGCAUUGAUAUUGAAGUUGGUGGUGGUAAAGUAACAAGCUACCGGCACACAGAGAGGAGUUGUCCUAGGACACCCCUUAUGUGUCUGGUUCCUCUUCCUCAUGAAGGGUAUGGAUCUCCACUGCCUUGGCCUGAGAGCAAAUUGAAGAUAUUGUACAAGAAUGUUGCACACCCGAAACUAGCUGCUUACAUAAAGAGACAUAAUUGGUUGAUGGAGUCUGAAGAGUAUCUUACAUUUCCCCAAAACCAAUCUGAGUUCAAGGGAGGGAUCCAUCACUACCUUGAGUCCAUUGAAGAGAUGGUACCAGACAUUGAAUGGGGUAAAAACAUUCGUGUUGUCCUGGACAUUGGAUGUACAGAUUCGAGCUUUGCAGCUGCUCUCCUUGAUAAGGAUGUUUUAACAUUAUCACUCGGAUUGAAGAAUGAUCUAGUGGACUUGGCUCAGGUGGCGCUUGAACGGGGUUUUCCAGCAGUGAUUAGUCCUUUCAAUAGAAGGAGACUUCCUUUUCCAAGUCAAGUUUUUGAUGCUAUACAUUGUGCAGGUUGCAGCAUACCUUGGCAUUCCAAUGGUGGAAAACUUCUAUUGGAGAUGAAUAGGAUUCUAAGACCUGGUGGAUACUUUAUUAUGUCAACCAAACAUGACAGCAUUGAAGAAGAAGAAGCCAUGACAACAUUGACUGCAUCUAUUUGUUGGAAUGUUCUGGCUCACAAAAGUGAUGAUGUUGGAGAAGUUGGAGUUAAAAUAUAUCAGAAGCCGGAAGGAAACGACAUAUACGAACUGAGGAGGAAGAAGAUUCCACCACUUUGCAAAGAAAAUGAAAAUCCUGAUGCAGUUUGGUAUGUUCCCAUGAAGACAUGUUUGCACCCUAUUCCGUCUGGAAUUGAACAACAUGGGGCAGAGUGGCCUGAGGAAUGGCCCAAGAGGCUUGAAACCUAUCCUGAUUGGGUGAACAACAAAGAGAAAGUGGUUGCAGACACCAAUCACUGGAAUGCUGUUGUUAAUAAGUCAUAUAUCAGUGGAUUAGGCAUUAACUGGACAAGUAUUCGGAAUGUAAUGGACAUGAAAUCCAUCUAUGGAGGAUUGGCUGUAGCUCUCUCUCAACAAAAGGUCUGGGUGAUGAAUGUAGUGCCUGUCCAUGCACCUGAUACACUUCCCAUCAUUUUUGAACGUGGGCUUGUUGGUAUGUACCAUGAUUGGUGUGAGUCAUUUGGCACUUAUCCAAGAACAUAUGACCUUCUGCAUGCUGAUCAUUUGUUCUCACGGCUCAAAAACAGGUGCAAGCAGCCUGUGUCCAUUGUUGUUGAGAUGGACCGUAUAACAAGGCCAGGAGGUUGGACAAUCAUACGUGACAAAGUUGAAAUUCUAAAUCCAUUGGAAGAAAUAUUGAAAAGCAUGCAGUGGGAGAUUAGGAUGACUUUUGCUCAGGAGAAGGAGGGUAUCUUGUGUGCACAGAAAACUUUGUGGAGGCCUUAAGUCCCUCUUGUAUGCAAUUUUCUUCUUCUGUAACACAUCUACCAUAACCACAAGUGCUGAUAUGAUCUGUAUUAUUACCAUCAUCUUCCUUCAACCUGAAAUGAUAUGUAUGAAGGAGAUUUUACAGGUAUCUUUCAUAUAACAAAUCCAUUUUUUUUAA